AUGUCACGCAUUUCUGCUGACGAAAGCAUAUGGCCCGGAACCAACCAUUUCCACUCCAUGAGCAACAAACUCGAUCCCUCCAAAUCUCCCGCUCCCCCGCCCGGUCGAAGCGCCCCAGCAUCCACCCCGAGAUCAGGUGGCCCACCCUUCAAUCCUCUGGAAUUAAAUGCUCCUGACAUUGGUCCUAAUGGUCUCAUCAACAGCAGCGGGCCCCCGAAUUUCAAUGGUACCAAUGGUGUCUACGGGAACAAUGCCCUUGCUCUGCAUCGGCCGUCGGCCAAGUCCCAAAACCCCUCACCCCCCAGCUCGGUCGCCUCUAAGUCAAGGGUCAGUGAUGGAACCCUUUCCGACCAGCGGAGCAGGAGAUAUGGCAUGAUGGAGGACCUGCUACGGAAGCAUUACGCGAUACUAAAACGGUUCAUGCAGGGACAGGGCCGAGAGGACCUCAACGCUUCACGGGCAAGUAAGGCCCGCGACAAACUCCUCCGCCUCUCCCCAGGCCAGGUCAUGGAAUUGAGUACAGAUGUCUACGACGAGUUGCUCCGCCGACAGGCUCAAUCGCCCAAUCGACCCGGUGGCAACAGGCCAGAUGUACCACCCUACUUGCUCCCGCGUCAAGAAUUCCACGAAAAGCGCAACCAGGCGCGCCAGAAGUUAUCCACCCUGCUACAACCACGCUUCAUAGACCUGGCUGCCGACGUGCUGUGCGAGUUGGAACGGCGCCUCCCUCACUUCGCCAACAUGGAUCCUGCAAGUCGCAGAAUGAGUCCCGCACUGAGUGUGCGCAGUGUUGUUGGAGGCGGAUACGCUUCCAGCAGCAACGGCUAUGAUCCACGCCCAGGUUCUAACGAUUCCUCGAGCUACGGGACAAAUAGCUACCCUGCCCCUCUCCGCACACACUCUCGAGGCCCGGGUCCCGGCGGUCUGGGCCUCCGGGGGGGUUUGCCGCCUGACCCGCACCCGCCAAGCGCCCGAUUUCCCCCCCGCCAGGGUUCAUUGAACGCCUCCACAACUGGUUUAGAUAUCAAUGGUGAAAUGAUACCUGAAAAUGGGCCGCUUCCGAAAUCGUUUCAGAGUAAUACCAUUGUGCCGAAUAAGAGUACGAUGGUUGAGGAGGAUGUUGAGGGCAGCGAUGAAGGUGGAGAAGAUGACGGUGAGAUUGAUUAUGUGCAUGAUGGGGUUGAUGGGGUUGAUGGCAUGCAGUAUGAGGAUGAUGAUCCGGAUCGGAGAAGCGAUGCAUUUGCAUUGGAUAAGGUGUUGGAGAGUCGGAAGGAGACGACGAUGACGCUGGUUGGGAAUGGGAAUGGAGCUGGACUUGGAGUUGGAGUUGAUUCGGAGAGGGAAAAGGAGAUGUUGGCUGAGGCGCGGGGGCAGGUGUCUAAGUUGGAGAAGAGGGUGGAUGAGUUGGAGGCUCAGUUGAAAGAGAAGGUUGGCGAGGCUGAUAGGCUGCGGGCCGAGGUUAGGGGUAAUUCUGAUUCUUUGGAUUCUGAAAGACAACAGUGGGAAAGUAUGAGAAAAGAUUGGGAUCGGAAAAGAGAAGAGUGGGACAAGAUGAAGUCGCAUUUGGAAGCGAAGCUUUUAGAGUUGCAAAAUCUGCAGCAUCUAAAUGUUUCGCUGCAGGAUCAGUUAGAAGGCGAACGAAGGGAAUAUGAAAAUCGAGAACAGGAUUUACGGCAGCAAAUUCAGCAGGCUUUGACAGCGGCAGCUGCGGCUCGGAACACAGAUUUAGAGAUGGGCAGAGAGAUAGACAGAGGUAGAGGUAGAGAGACCGACAUAGAUAGCGGUGUAUGGAAAUCGCGAGCUGAAGAUUCCGAACGGGAAAACCAGGAACUUAAGGAGGAGCUUCAAAAGCAACGUGAAGUCACAGAACAAGUCCGAAAAGAGGCCUCCAACUUCCUGCAGGAGAUGCGGGCGCUGUCUGAUCGGACGCAGGAACGUUGGGAACGCGAAGAACGCCUCACACAGGACUUUCACAGGAUGGAAGAAGAGGUUAAGCUCUGGAAGAACCGCUACGCAAAGACGAAAACACAACUACAACAUCUACGAUCCCCCUCACUUGGGCUUCCAGGACAUAACAUCCAAGACGUCGCAACCAUUGCCGCAACGGAAAACGACAUCAGCCAUCCAGACGGACUAGUCAACGAUGUCCACCUUACCAAAUUCCAAAUAUCCAUCGACGAGCUCUUGCGCACUGCACGCAUGGCAGAUCCAGCAUAUGUUCUCGAGCAGAUGAAAGCCGUCGUCUUCGCUGUCCGCCAUAUAACACAAGACGUCGAAUCUGCCCAGUCAAAUGGGAAAGCAGCUGAUGAUCAGCUAACGCCAUCAUCACACAUUCGCUCCCGUGCCAAAAUCCGCGUCUCGGCCACAGCAAACAACCUUAUCACCGCCUCCAAGGACUUCGCAAACAGCAAUGGGAUAUCCCCCGUAUCUCUACUCGACGCAGCAGCCUCACAUCUCUCAGCCGCAAUUGUCGACCUGAUCCGUAUCGUCAGGGUUCGCCCGACUCCCGCAGAGGAGAUUGAAGACAAUGAUGGUGUUGGGGAUGGUGAUGAUCUGGACGCCAUAAUGCAGUCACCAACCUACUUCAGCGUCCCGUCUAGCCUGGACAGGUUGAGUGGGAAUGAAUCUGUGUACAGCGCUAUUAGCUCGCCGCAUUCUGCGCAGCAUUCGCGGAUGGCGUCAGUGGCUUCGGGUGCGGGGGGACAUAUGCAGAUGCACCGGAAGACGUUUUCGAAUGGGCAAAUGCUUGGGAAGACUGGGCUUGGUAUAGAGGAGGUGGAUGGGGAGUUAGAGGAGCUCAGGGUCUACCUGGAAGAACAAACAGAUGGCGUCGUUCAAUCCAUCCAGGCUCUCGUCUCCUCUAUCCGUGCAGAGCCAGACGACAUGUCCGCUAUACGCGUGCAUAUCGACGCAAUCUCCUCUGUCGUCAGUAGGAUUAUCUCCAUGACGGAGAAUGCGAUGGCGCAAGAGCAGCUGAAGCAGCAGAAACAUCCCUCCACCUCAAACGAUGACAACAACAAUAGCAGCAGCAGUAGCAGCAGUAGCAGCAGCGACAACAGCAGCAGUGACAACGGCAGCAGCAGCGGCAGCAACAGCAGCAGUAGCAGUAACAACCUCCGCGACCGCGCAGGCCCAAUCAUUCGCAACCUUUCCUGUUGCCGGGAUAGAUUAGCGAAGGAGGGCGCUUUGGGCGGGAAGGCUAUGAGCGUUGUGGAGGUGCGGGAUGUUAUGGGGAAGUUGCUGCCGAUUGCUUUCGAGAUUGCGAGGGAGACGAAGGAGCUGGUGCAGAGACUUGAUAUGAGAUGGGUGUGA